GAGCAAGUCAGUGUUCUGUAUCAGAACAUACACAUAGUGGAACCAAGAUUAAUCCAGCCUUAUGAACAUGUCAUUAAGAACUUCAUCCGAGAGAUCAAACUUCAAAGUACAGAGAUGGAAACCUUAGCUAUUGCUGUGAAAAGAGCUCAGGAUAAAGCUGCAGUUCAGCUUAGUGAGCUCGAGGAAGAGAUGGAACAACGGAUACAGGCUGCAGAGCAUAAAGUUAAAAAGGAGGAGAAAAGAAAAGCUGAAGAAGCACUGAAUGAACUGAAGCACCAAUAUGAUACAGAAGUUGGGGAUCUUCAGGUGACAAUAAAAAAACUGAAGAAGCUGGAGGAGCAAUCCAGGAACAUAAAUCACAGAGAAGAUGUGGUUGAACUGAAAAAAAGGAUGCAUGAUAUGUUGAUGGAAAAUCAGAAACUUAAGAAAGAUCUUUUAGAAGCACAGACAAAUAUAGCUUUUCUACAGAGUGAAUUAGAUAGUUUGAAAAGUGAAUAUGUAGAUCGGAGUUUGAACACUGAAAGAGAUCUAGAAAUGAUUCGAGAGUAUACUGAAGACAGAGAUAACCUGGAAAGACAAAUUGAAAUGCUUCAAUCAGCUAAUAGGAAACUACAUGACAGCAAUGAUGGAUUGAGAAGUGCACUGGAAAACAGUUUCAGCAAGUACAACAGAUCACUGCGGCUAGCAAAUACCUCACCAGGAAAUACCAUUUCUAGAAGCAGUCCCAAAUGUAGUGGUGGACAAUCACCUCUAAACCCACGCUAUGACAGAUCAUCUCAUUCAUCUUGUGUGGAUGAAGAUUAUGAUUCUUUAGCUCUUUGUGACCCUAUGCAAAGGAUAAACUGUGAUGCUGACAGCUUACCUGAGAGCUGUUUCGACAGUGGUUUGUCUACCCUGAGAGACUCCAAUGAAUAUGAUUCGGAAGUGGAAUACAGGCAUCAAAGGAUUAUUCAAAGGCCACAGUGUAUGCAAGACAGCUUUGGUGGUGAUGCUUCUGAUACUGAUGUUCCGGAGAUCAGAGAUGAGGAAGCAUACAGUCCUGACAACAGCAGUACUAUAUUAGACUGGAAACCUUCACAACCCGUAAGUCGAAGCAGCUCGAUAGCUUCCACGAGGAAAUACAUAUCUGCUAUUCCGCCUCAGUCAGAUGUAAGGGAAUGUGCUCCAAAAUACCYGAGCUCAGAGAAAGCGUACAAGAUAGUUCUUGCUGGAGAUGCAGCAGUGGGGAAAUCCAGCUUCCUUAUGAGACUUUGCAAGAAUGAAUUUCGAAGCAAUACCAGUGCAACCCUAGGUGUGGAUUUUCAAAUGAAAAGAUUAGUUGUGGAUGGAGAACCUACAGUACUACAACUGUGGGACACAGCCGGGCAAGAGAGAUUUCGAAGUAUUGCUAAAUCAUACUUUAGAAGAGCAGAUGGUGUCUUACUGUUAUAUGAUGUAACAUGUGAAAGAAGUUUUCUUAAUGUACGAGAAUGGGUGGAUAUGAUUGAGGAUGCAACCCACGAGAAUAUUCCAAUUAUGAUGGUGGGAAACAAAGCAGAUCUCCGUGAAGCAGUUACAGAGCAAGGACAAAAAUGUGUGCCUAUUAACUGUGGAGAAAAGCUGGCAAUGACUUACAAUGCAUUAUUUUGUGAAACAAGUGCUAAAGAUGGUUCUAAUAUUGUAGAAGCAGUUCUUCAUCUUGCUCGGGAAGUGAGAAAACGAAGUGACAGUGAAGAUGAUACGAGGUCAGUAACCAGCCUGGCUGGGACACCUGUCAAAAAAUCGGCGCUCAUGAAGAACUGCUGCAGUGUUUGAAUGAUAGAUUCUUUUGAUGACUUAAAUCAUUUACUUGCUAUUUAAAUAACUUACUAUUGUUUAAAAAAGGAAAAAUGAAGGAUUUCAAAAACACCACCUUUCUACUGUGGACUUACACAUUUUUGUAUUUAGAAGCUCCGCAUCAUGGAAAAUUAGCUUUUUCUUUCUACUCAUUCACAUUUUUGCACUUGCUUUGUCCUUUAGGCCCUGAUAUCACCUUUUGUAAACAAUUUAAAUGAAUGAAAUGAAUUCAGAAUCAAAGCUGCAGUACUCAGUAUGUACAAAAUUGUAUAUGUUUUUCUUCCUUUUCUUGCUUGCUUCUUCAUGACAUCAAUAUUUCUUAUGUAAAAAAUAUGCUAUGGUAAAAUCGCACAUAGGCAAAGAAAUUCCAGCCUUAAUUAAUUAAUUUUAAUUUAAUAUGUUUUUUUUCCUAUUUUCUGCUUAUUGCUUAUCUAGUUUUUUAUGGGACUUAAGUUACUCCUUCAUGAAACGCUUUCUAGCAAAACUCUAAACUACUGAAAGGUUUUCUAGUUUCAAGUAAAGCCUAAAUAAGAGCAGUAGGUGGAAUGGGGCUCCAUUUGGAGUGCACAGAGUCAGAUAUGUGGAGUUUUGUCGUARUUGUAGAAAUGUUGGUGAGUUAGAAUUUUAUUUAAUUUUGGGACUUUUGAUUUGAUUCAAAACUGAGAAAUAGACUUUUGAUUUGAUCCUACAUAGGCUGGAAAUUAAAGGAAUAUUUGCAAAGACUAUCAUAGUUCCAAAUUCCAGAGAAACUAUAGUAUCUGUGGUAUGUAGGAUUAAUGAUAUGAAUUAAUGACCCCAUACAUACUAGUCUAUAUAGAUUUGUUUAUUACUAGCACUAUAUAGAGAUAUAGAUUGUCUUUUCUCUCCAUUUUUCAGAUGUUUUCCAUUCAGACACUGACUGAGGAGUUACAAUAGUACUGAGGAGUGUGUUUUAACUUUAUAAUUUUUUUAAGUAUUGAAUCUGCAGGUAGAAGAAUUGCURCACAUGCACAAUCAUCUGCAUCAGCUGUUCAUUAAAAGAAAUCCCUAGAAUGAACAAGAACUGCUUAUCUUAAUGAGAACAAUGCUUGCUGAAUGUUAAGAAAACACUGAUAAUCUCACUAGUGGGUGGUAGGUCUAGGUCUGCCCAACAUCUCCAAAAUCUAAGAUGUUAUUGCUUACAAAAGUUCUCAGAGGUCCUAUAUUGUGAUAUAAUUUGUAUGUAUUUCUGCAAUCAGCAAAAGUCUUUCAAUACUUCUCAGGUUUCAGUGAUUUUAAUUGGAAUGAGAAAGGAACCAUUCCAGACCUAGUAUUUCAGUCUUUUUGUGUAUACUAAGAAAACAUUUCUGAGGUGAAAACWUCUCCAUGGUUCAUUAAAUCAACCUUGGAUGAAGUUUGCUGGACUGAUAGGAAGAACAUUAAAACUAGAAGCUGUUGCA